ACACAUCUCACUAUAUACAGUAAAGAUUUUCUAUCAUUAUACUGUAGAUGUAACAUUGUAUUCACACUACAUGUUACUGAGGAACCUGCUGUGAUUUUAAAAAGAUUUGUCACUCGAAAAAAGAAAUUCUGCUUUAAUGUUGAUGUCAAAGAUUUUAAAAGUCAAUCCUUGUUUUGUCAAAUAUCACCAAGGGAACAACUCCCUCCUCUUAUAUAGCAUGAGCAUCUUUUGGGUUGUCAGCUGUUCCUCACAUCACUGGACAGCUGGAGAUCAGGAUCAGUUCGUCAGUUUGGUUACAACUGAGUGACUUCUUCAGACACCUCCUGCAAGACCUGAACAUCACUGAAGAUCAGGAGAAAUGAUCUGGAGAGAGGUUUGUCUUUACCUGUUGUGUAAUGUCAUCAAACAGUGUUUCUCAACUGGUCUUCAUGCACACAUGCUGCCAUUUUCUAGCGUUAGUCAUCUACAGACAGACCAAACCAUGUGUCCUCAGACUAAAUAUGGGAAUGAUGUAUUUCCAGGAUUUUAUAUAAUGACUCAGUUCAGUAUUGCUGAGCUGGCAAGGAGAGGAACGGUGAAGAAAGUUCCUGGGACAACAUCUCAGCAUGUUGCAUAUAAGAUUGGACCUGAGUUCAACUUCAGAAUAAACACAAGAUCUUCAUUUCCCAUGGGACUGCCUGAGGAAUUUGCAUUUUCUGCAGUUUAUCGGAUGACUGGGAAUACGGCGACUAAGAUCUGGAAUUUAUGGCACAUGCAAGACCUAAAUGGAAAUGAACAGAUCGCAGUGACACUAAACGGAGAGGCCCUGUCUGUUGAGUUCUCGUACAAGACCCAAGAGAACGGAGUAAUGACGGCUUUAUUCCCUUACCAAACACACCUCUUCAAUUCUCAAUGGCACAGGAUUUUACUGGUUGUGAAAAAAGACUCAGUGAGCCUAAAAUCAGACUGCACUGCAACAGAUACCCAACAGUUGGCACCAAGGGGACAAAUUAAUCUAGAUGGAUUCACACAUAUUGGAAAAUUGAAGGACAGCCCUGCAAUAGCAGUGCCGUUUGAGCUGCAGUCAAUGCUCAUCAUCUGCGACACAACCAUCCAGCAAAAAGACAUCUGCGCUGAUCUUCCUGCCAGAAGACAGAUAUCUGAAGCAGAAUUUCAGAGGGUUGGAGGCGGCCCUUCUGGUCCAGCAGGUGUGCCUGGAAUAGACGGCAUUGCUGGGGAGAGAGGUGACCCUGGUGAAGACGGAUCUGCUGGCCCUGAUGGAGAUCCUGGAAAACCUGGUUCUGCUGGACUUCCUGGUUUACCUGGUGCUGAUGGCUUGACUGGCCCUGUAGGAGAUCCCGGCCCUGAUGGCCUUUCUGGACAAAAGGGGGAACCUGGAAAACCUGGACCCAGAGGAGAAGCUGGUAUUGGACCUGAUGGACCUAUUGGACCCCCAGGGCCAGGGGGACUUCCGGGUAAGGAGGGAAAAGUGGGACCCCCGGGAGCCAUGGGUGUAAGAGGGCCACAGGGACCCCGUGGAGCAACAGGGCCCCGUGGCGCCGCAGGGAUGCUGGGUGGAUCUACAGAACUGUGUCCUAAUGCAUGCUCACCUGGUGCACCUGGUCAUCCUGGCUUACCUGGCAUGAAGGGUCACAAAGGAGUGAAGGGAGAAAGCGGUGAGCCUGGUAAACAAGGACACAAGGGAGAGGAAGGAGAUCAGGGGGCACCCGGAGAAGUCGGCACUCAGGGUUCAACUGGAGCUCAGGGGACUCGAGGUGCCAUGGGAAUGAUUGGCUCUAAAGGAGAAGUGGGCAUUCGAGGUGUUGAUGGGGAGCCGGGCCCUCAGGGUGUCGCAGGUGCCACAGGAGAUCGAGGCCAGAGGGGGGGAGUUGGAGAAACCGGACCUAAAGGUGAUCAGGGCCCUCAAGGGCCAAGAGGCAUCACAGGUCUUCCAGGGCCAAAAGGAGACGGCGGUUUGCCAGGUGUGGAUGGUCGUGAGGGUAUUCCUGGCAUUCCAGGUGCUAAGGGCAAUGCUGGGAAACCGGGCGCUCCAGGAGAAAUUGGCCUUCAAGGUCUUCCUGGUUUACCAGGAAGCCCAGGACCAAAAGGUACAUCAGGAGAAAAGGGUAAUGCUGGAGAUCCAGGACUCUUGGGCACUAUGGGAUCUGCGGGCAGACAGGGUGAGCGUGGAGAACAAGGAGAGUUUGGACCCAUCGGGCCUAUUGGCCAAGCUGGAGACCGUGGAGAGCAGGGCCCACCGGGACCAAUGGGGAAACCAGGAGCCAGAGGUCCUAAAGGUGAUUUGGGUUUGCCAGGACUUCCUGGACCACCAGGCCUGCCCGGAGUAAAGGGGGAACGGGGUGAAGCCGGUGAUUCUGGACCAAAGGGAGAACAGGGAGAUCAAGGAGCAGAGGGAACAUCAGGAGACAAUGGAGAUGUUGGUGACCCUGGCCCACCCGGUGUAAAGGGCGAAGUCGGUAACCAAGGAGAUCCAGGUAAUAGAGGACCAGAUGGACUCCGGGGGCAGCCUGGCAUUGAAGGACCUCCUGGUAGCCCUGGACCACGUGGUGUGCAAGGGGACAGAGGAUCUCCAGGACCCCGUGGCUCCCAGGGGCCAGCGGGUAAAGAACCGAGCGACCCACACAUCAGACAGGUGUGCAUGCGUGUGAUGCAGGAGCAGCUGGCCCAGUUGGCCGCAAGUCUGAGAAGACCAGAGUCCGGUGCGGCCGGACUGCCGGGCAAACCCGGACCCCCCGGACCUCCGGGAACCCCGGGUGACAGCGGCUUCCCUGGGCACGCUGGUGCAAGAGGACUUCCUGGACUCAAAGGACCUCCGGGACCCCUGGGUAUCAAGGGGCCGAAAGGUGAGAUGGGAGACAGAGGAGACAGGGGACCCACAGUUCGGGGACCCAAAGGCACACCAGGCCCUCCAGGUCUACCCGGUGAACCUGGAAUACCGGGAUACGGUCAGGAUGGACGUGAUGGCGAGCGAGGACCACCCGGAAUCCCGGGACAGCCUGGCGUUCCCGGUCCUCCUGGUCCAGCUGGUCAACCGGGUUACUGCGACCCUUCAGCCUGUAAUCUGAGCGCAGGUGCCGCCCAUCAAUCUCUCAAAGACUCUAACAUGAAGGGCCCGGGAGGAAACUAAAGCCGUACUACUGGGACAUCAGGAUCAGGUGGAUCCAGACAGUGACAGCUCUGUGAGGAGCACAAAACAUUUCCAUCACCCUCACAGAAACAUUCAUAGUGGUGGUGGUGAACUCAGACCGGGGGUCUUUAUCAUCUCUAUGUAGCUAAUGCAGUGUGCCAAAGAUAAAUCUGGGUAUUAGCAAAAAACUGAUGGGGUCCUCAUGUAAAGGAAUUACAAAGAGAGCAAAUAUUGUAAAUGAUUUGAUUGUUGUUUUAUAAGAAGUUCAUUUCCCUGCUGAAGAACAGUGAUGGAAAGGUGGAAUAUUGUGAGGGAAACACAAAAAACAUUUGAGAAAAUGCAGAUACACAUUUCAUAUUUCUAUUUAUUUUACAUACUUCAAAGGAAAUGAAAUUUGUACAGAGAUUAAAUAAAUUUGAAUGUUUUAUAUGACCUUAAAAUAAAAACUAGGCCUCA